GUGUGUGUGUGUGUGUGUGCAAUCCUUUUUUUUUUUGUCUUUUCAGUGAUGAGUUGGAUGAUGAUGUUUUUUGCACAUGAUCAGAGAGUCGGUGCAGUUUUUCUUCGUGUUGUUCCAAACAGAUCACAGUUCUUUGAAUAUGAGCCAGUAACUUUUUACUGUGAGGGAGUCUCUCAUGAUAAUGUUUUACAUAAGUUGAAAGAUAAAAUACAACCAUGUAGCAACAGCAAUAAGAAAACAGCAACAGGAUCCUCCUGCACUGUAAACGCUGUUUAUGUAGACGACAGUGGAAAGCACUGGUGUGAAACUAGAGAAGGGAAGAGGAGCAACAUUAUCAACAUCACUGUCACUGCUGGUUCUGUGAUCCUGGAGAGUCCUGCUGUUCCUGUGAUGGAGGGAGAAGAUGUGACUCUGAGCUGCAGAAGCAAGAUGAAUUCCUCCACCUUCACGGCUGAUUUCUACAAAGAUGGACUCCACAUCAGCAGCAGCUCCAAAAGAAUUGUGACGCUCCACAAAGUUUCAAAAUCUGAUGAAGGACUUUAUAAGUGCAGCAUUUCAGGAGCUGAAUCACCAGAAAGCUGCCUGAAUGUCACAGAUUCUUUCAUCACAUUCAUUGAAUCUUCAGAGUGCAGCUGUAAUGUUUACCUCAUCUUACGGACUGUGUUCACCAUCAUGCUGGUGGCUCUGCUGCUGCUGCUGCUGGGUCUACUUCACUAUGGGAAAAUUGGAGCUACAACAGCUAACUCAUGUUCGACUUCAUGUAAAUGUAACUGUCAUGGCACAGGAAACAAGCAAAUAUGAAAAAAACAGCACAAACAGAAAACAGAAAGUGAUUAAUAUGGGUGUAUGGCCACACUAUCGUGAGCAUGUCCCAUCUUGUCUGAACUCUGAAGGUAAGCAGGGUCGGGCCUGGUUAAUACUUGGAUGUGGGACUGCCUAAGAAUACAAGGUGCUGUGGCUGAGGUAGAGUGGAUGGAACACCAGUUGGAACGUUGACGGGUCAAUCUGGGUAAUGUCUGUAAAAUACCACGAUAACUCUGUUAAACAACUGUAAAGGAGUCACACUGUUGCUUUUUCUCUAUACAGUAUAUAGACUUUGACACCUGUUACCUGAUUACCACCACUUGUGGUGGCAAUUAUGUCACCUUGUGUAUUUUAUUCUUUAAUCAUACUCAUUUCUUAUUCAUAUUUGUUACUAUUCAAUAUUCUCAGUUAAACUCAUCCUCUUUAAAAGUACUUGUGAAUAUAUUUUUUUGCAUUUGUAUUCUGUCAAAAAUAUGUACUAUCUGUAGUAUACCUGGUCAAAGUUGCAAAACACAAACAUGUAAAAAUAUUUCA